AUGACCGGAGAAGAAAUACAUAAGGCGGGCACUGACGAUGGCUGGCACGGCGUGAUAAAACCGGGCACAGAUUUCGCACCAGAGAACGGACGGUAUCACCUUUACAUUGGUCUCUUCUGCCCCUUUGCCCACAGAGCCAAUCUUGUCAGGCAUAUCAAGGGCCUAACAAACUUCAUCGACAUCUCCAUCGUUCGGCCGUACCCGAAAGGCGACGAGAAAGGAUGGCCAGGGUGGAGGUUCCCGAAGGAUAAUGAGGAGUACCCACGGGCGACGGUGGACAAGCUCUUCGGCAGCCAGUAUCUGCAUGAGGUAUACUUCAAAGCGGAUAAGGAUUACAAAGGCCGAUACUCAGUGCCGGUGCUGUGGGACAAGAAGACAUCGACCAUUGUGAACAAUGAAAGUACCGAAAUUCUGCGGUGGCUCCCCACAGCUUUCAACUCUCUCCUGCCUCCCGAGCUCACCGGAAUCGAUCUCUACCCCGAACAUCUCCGCGCGCAAAUCGACAGUAUAGCCGAGUGGAUGCAGAGGGACCUCAAUACGGGCGUCUACAAAGCGGGCUUCGCACCAGACCAAGAAACCUAUGACAAGAACGUUAUCCCUGUGUUCGGCGCGCUGAACAAGGUCGAAGAGAUUUUGCACCAGAAUGGCGGGCCGUAUGUGCUUGGAAAAGAGCUGACGGAGCUUGAUGUGCGGUUGUAUGGCACGAUCGUGAGAUUUGAUGUUGUAUACCAUCAACACUUCAAAUGCAACCUAGGAAUGGUACGAUGGGACUACCCGGUGCUGAACGAGUGGCUCAAGAAUCUGUAUUGGAAUGUCAAAGGGUUCAAAGAGACGACGGAUUUCUUACAUAUAAAAGAGAAUUACACGAAAAGUCACUACGACAUCAAUCCGAAAGCUAUCACUCCCAUGGGACCUUUCCCAGAUGUCUCGGAGCAGGGAUCCGUCGAAACGGACUUUAGCAAGCUGAGACCGGGAGGCGUAAAGCUACCGGCUGUGUUGGACUAUCAGGCGAAAUUGUAG